CACAGCUGAGACACCUACUUCAAAACGAGGGCAAUCCAGAACGGACAGUUUGGACAUUGUAGUCCAUUCAUUAAAAUGGAUCAGAGACACUUCUUGACUUUUCUUUUGAUGAUCACAGAAGCAUCCAUAUGGACUGGUACUGCAUCUGGCAAUGAUGCUGUGAGGCUGGCGCAUGGAGGCAGUCGCUGUGCUGGGAGAGUAGAAGUUUAUCAUAAUGGAGAGUGGGGGAAAGUUUGUGAUUAUGGCUGGAAUCUAGCAGAUGCUGAAGUUGUAUGUCGACAGCUAAGCUGUGGGUCUGCUCAGUCAGCACCGCGCAGUGCUCACUUUGGAGAAGGAUCUGGACGUGUAUGGCUGGAUGAUGUUCACUGCAAUGGCUCUGAGGCUGCCCUGUGGAACUGCACAUCAAGGGGAUGGGGUGUGAGCAGGUGCGGUCAUCUCGAGGAAGCUGGAGUCAUCUGUUCAGGUGACAAUGCCUUGAGGCUGGUGGGUGGAAGCAAUCGCUGUGAAGGGAGAGUGGAGGUUUAUCACGCUGGAGAGUGGGGAACAGUGUGUGAUGAUAACUGGGAUCUAGAAGAUGCUGAUGUUGUGUGUAGACAGCUGGGCUGUGGAUACGCUCAGUCAGCACCACAGACUGAUCACUUUGGACAAGGCUCCGGGCGCAUCUGGCUGGAUUCUGUUUCCUGCAAUGGCUCAGAGUCUGCCCUGUGGGACUGUGAAUCGAAUGGAUGGGAUACAUACCGAUUUUGGUGUCACUAUGUGGAUGUUGGUGUGAUCUGUUCAGAUGUUGACACAGUGAGGCUAGCUGGUGGAGCCCAUCGCUGUGAAGGGAGAGUGGAGGUUUAUCACGCUGGAGAGUGGGGUACAGUGUGUGAUCAUCAUUGGGAUAUACAAGAUGCUGAUGUCGUGUGUAAACAGCUGGAUUGUCUCGAUGCUCAGUCAGCACCAGGCAGCUCUUACUUUGGACAAGAUUCUGGACCCAUCUGGCUGGAUGAUGUUUCCUGCACUGGCUCUGAGGCUGCCCUGUGGAACUGCACAUCAAGAGGAUGGGGUCAGCAGAACUGUAGCCACAGUAAAGAUGCUGGAGUGAUUUGUUCAGAUGAUAACGCAUUAAGACUGGUGGGUGGAGGCAAUCGCUGUGAAGGGAGAGUGGAGGUUUAUCAUGCUGGAGAGUGGGGGACAGUGUGUGAUUAUAGCUGGGAUUUAACAGACGCUGAAGUUGUGUGUGCACAACUGGGCUGUGGAUCUGCUCACUCAGCACCACACAAUGCCCACUUUGGACAAGGUUCUGGACGCACUUGGCUGGGUGCUGCUUUCUGUAACGGCUUUGAGUCAGCGUUGUGGAACUGUUUAUCAUGGGGAUGGAAUAUGCAGUACUAUUGCAGUCACAGUGAAGAUGCUGGAGUGAUCUGUUCAGGCGAUGACGCACUGAGGCUGGCGGGUGGAGGCCAUCCCUGUGAAGGGAGAGUGGAGGUUUUUCAUCAGGGACGGUGGGGGACAGUUUGUGAUGAUAACUGGGAUAUACAAGAUGCUGAUGUUGUGUGUAAACAGAUGGAUUGUCAAUAUGCUCAGUCAGCAACACCUGGUUCUCACUUUGGACAAGGUUCUGGACCCAUCUGGUUGGAUGAUGUUUUCUGUGAUGGUUCUGAGUCCGCCCUGUGGAACUGCUCCACAAGGGGAUGGGAAGUGCACAACUGCAACCACCGUGAGGAUGCUGGAGUGAUCUGUUCAGACGAUGACGCACUGAGGCUGGCUGGUGGAGGCCAUCGCUGUGAAGGGAGAGUGGAGGUUUAUCAUCAGGGACGGUGGGGGACAGUUUUAGAUUGGAACUGGAAUCUUGUAGACGCUGACGUUGUAUGUGCCCAGCUGGGCUGCGGACCUGCUCAGUCAGCACCACUGUAUGCCUACUUUGGAGAAGGUUCUGGACCCACCUGGCUGGUGGAUGUUCACUGCAACGGCUCUGAGUUGGCCCUGUGGGACUGUCCCUCAAUGGAGUGGGAUGUAAACUUCUAUGAACACUAUUGGGAUGUUAGCGUGAUCUGUUCAGGUAGGAACCACGAAAUCCAACCCAAUACAAUUGAUGAUUCACUGAGGCUGGCUGGUGGAGGCCAUCGCUGUGAAGGGAGAGUGGAGGUUUAUCAUCAGGGACGGUGGGGGACAGUGUGUGAUAACUACUGGGAUCUAGACGAUGCUCAGGUUGUGUGUAGUCAGCUGGACUGUAGGCCUGCUCAGUCUGCACCACACAGCUCUCACUUUGGACAAGCUUCUGGACCCAUCUGGCUGGAUGAGGUUUCCUGCAGUGGCUCUGAGGCUGCCCUGUGGAACUGCACAUCAAGGGGAUGGGGUCAGCACAACUGUGAUCACCGUGAGGAAGCUGGAGUGAUCUGUUCAAACGAUGACGCACUGAGGCUGGCUGGUGGAGGCCAUCGCUGUGAAGGGAGAGUGGAGGUUUAUCAUCAGGGAUGGUGGGGGACAGUUUUAGAUUGGAACUGGAAUCUUGUAGACGCUGACGUUGUAUGUGCCCAGCUGGGCUGCGGACCUGCUCAGUCAGCACCACUGUAUGCCUACUUUGGAGAAGGUUCUGGACCCACCUGGCUGGUGGAUGUUCACUGCAGUGGCUCUGAGUUGGCCCUGUGGGACUGUCCCUCAAUGGGGUGGGUUGUAAACUUCUAUGAACACUAUUGGGAUGUUAGCGUGAUCUGUUCAGCUGCUGACUCAGUGAGGCUGCAGGGUGGAGGUAAUCGCUGUGAAGGGAGAGUGGAGAUUUAUCAUGCUGGACAGUGGGGGACAGUGUGUGAUCAUCACUGGGGUCUAGAAGAUGCUCAAGUUGUGUGUAAAGAACUGGAUUGUCGUGAGGCUCAGUCAGCACCAGGCAGUUCUCACUUUGGACAAGGUUCUGGACCCAUCUGGCUGGAUGAUGUUUCCUGCAAUGGCUCUGAGGCUGCCCUGUGGAACUGCACAUCAAGGGGAUGGGGUGUGAGCAACUGCAGUCACAGUGAGGAUGCUGGAGUGAUCUGUUCAGACGGUGACGCACUGAGGCUGGCUGGUGGAGGCCAUCGCUGUGAAGGGAGAGUGGAGGUUUAUCACGCUGGAGAGUGGGGGACAGUGUGUGAUUGGGAAUUGGAUCUAGCAGAUGCUGAAGUUGUGUGUAGACAGCUGGGCUGUGGGUCAGCACAUUCAGUAGUGCGCAGUUCUCACUUUGGACAAGGUUCUGGACCUGUCUGGCUGUUUGAUGUUUCCUGCACCGGCACUGAGUCAGCCCUGUGGAACUGCACAUCAAUGGGAUGGGGUGUGUACUACUACAGUCACUAUUGGGAUGUUGGCGUGAUCUGUUCAGGCGAUGACGCACUGAGGCUGGCAGGUGGAGCCAAUCCCUGUGAAGGGAGGGUAGAGAUUUUUCAUCAGGGACGGUGGGGGACAGUGUGUGAUCAUCACUGGGAUAUACAAGAUGCUGAUGUUGUGUGUAAACAGCUGGACUGUCUCGAUGCUCAGUCAGCACCAGGCAGUUCUCACUUUGGUCAAGGUUCUGGACCCAUCUGGCUGGAUGAGGUUUCCUGCACUGGCUCUGAGGCUGCCCUGUGGAAUUGCACAUCAAGGGGAUGGGGUCGGCACAACUGUAGCCACAGUGAGGAUGCUGGAGUGAUCUGUUCAGCUGACAACGGAUUGAGGCUGGGAGGUGGAACCGAUCCCUGUCAGGGGAGAGUGGAGGUCCUUCAUCAGGGACAGUGGGGGACAGUACGUGAUCAUAACUGGGAUCUAGCAGAUGCUGGAGUUGUGUGUCGACAGCUGGGCUGUGGAUCUGCGCAGUCAGCACUGCGUGGAUCUCACUUUGGACUAGGUUCUGGGCGCACCUGGUUGGAUAAUGUUAACUGCAGUGGUUCUGAGUCUGCCCUGUGGAACUGCUCAUCAAGUGGAUGGAAUGAGUACUACUUGAGACACUACGAUGACGCUGGAGUGAUCUGUUCAGAUGAUGACAUAUUGAGGCUGGUGGGUGGAGCCAAUCUCUGUGAAGGGAGAGUGGAGGUUCUUCAUCAGGGACAGUGGGGGGCAGUUUGUGACCAUCACUGGGAUCUCUCAGAUGCUAAAGUUGUGUGUAGACAGCUGGGCUGUGGAUCUGCUAAGUCUGCACCACGUAGUGCUAACUUUGGACAAAGUUCCUUACCCAUUUUGGUGAAUGAUGUAUCCUGCAAUGGCUCUGAGUCUGCACUGUGGAACUGCUCAUCAAGUGGAUGGGGUGUGCGUGACUGUGGUCACUAUGAAGAGGCUGGAGUGAUCUGUUCAGGUGAGGACAGGUUGAGGCUGGCUGGUGGAGGCCAUCGCUGUGCUGGCAGAGUGGAGAUUUACCAUGCUGGAAUAUGGGGAACAGUUUGUGGUAAUUACUGGGAUCUCUCAGUUGCUGGAGUUGUGUGUAAACAGCUGGGCUGUGGAUCUGCUGAGUCUGCACCCCGCAAUGCUCACUUUGGACAAGGUUCUGGACCCAUCUGGCUGAGUUAUGCUUUCUGUCAUGGCUCUGAGUCUGCCCUGUGGGACUGUUCAUUGUCGUGGGAUUGGCUCAACUGUCAUCACUUUGAGGAUGCUGGAGUGAUCUGUUCAGAUGCAAAGUGUUUUGUUAGUCCUCCGGUUUGUGGCUCCAAUGGAAAUUGUGUCAACACAACUAAUGGCUACUGGUGUGACUGUCACCCAGGAUAUACUAAUGUUGGGAACUCAACAGGACAGUGUGAAGAUAUCAAUGAGUGUAUAAAGAAUGGCACCCACUGUGGCCCGAAUGCUUGGUGUGAGAACACAAUUGGAAACUACAGCUGCACCUGCAACAAGGGCUUCAGGGCCAGUUCAGGACAGGAGCACUUCAUGACAGCCAGUGAAAACACCUGUAAAGAUAUCGAUGAGUGCACUGAAACCCCCCUGAUCUGUGGUCCGAAUACACAAUGUGCCAACACUGUCGGCAGCUACAGCUGCUCCUGUAAAACAGGAUAUUUUCCUACUACUGGAUUGAAAUGGCUACCCAAUGAAAUACAAUGUGAAGACUUCACCAAGAUUCAAACUGUGCAAACCUGCAGCAUUAUAUAUUAUGAAGGAGGAGUAGAGAAAUACCUCAAUAGUUCCAGCACCUGGUUUUGUUUCAUCACAAACCUAACUUCCACCAAGUUCACUUGGUCCAGUUCUGAAUAUCAGCUGCAGCAAGUGGCUGGUGUUUUAAGCUCUGCUCUGAACGACACUUCCUUGUGGAAUAACCUGACCAGGGAUGAGAAGUCUGUUGCAACUCAAGCAUACCUGGACAUUGUAGAGAGGGCAGUGCUGCACUUGACUGAGUCUUCAGAGACUCUGUUAAGGAAAAACAUGAACACACAAAAUCUAGAUAUGGAGCUACUGAUUGUACCGACCUACCUCACCCCUGGAUCUGAAAUGUUACAGUCCAAGAACAACAUCCUGGAAAUAAACAUGAGCUCCCUCCAGCAGAAUAACAUGGAAGGUCAGAUAACAGCUGGGUUUGUCUCUUACACUGGAAUGGAGUCUGUCUUGGAUGGAAGCUUCUAUCAGAAUCACUCUUCACAGGGCUCUAUCCAGUUAAACUCCCCAGUGGUUACUGCUACUGUAGGCAGCAAACACAAACUUUCAGUGCCUGUCAAUUUAACCUUCUAUCACAAUAAGUUAAAAACAGCAGAAGAGGAGGUGAUGUGUGUCUACUGGAAAUACGAAGGGACGGAAGGAUCCUGGUCCACUGAAGGCUGCACAAAGUUCUACUCAAACCAAACACACACUGUGUGCAGCUGUGACCACCUCUCCAGCUUCACUGUAUUAAUGGAAAGAAGAGAAUCACAGAUGCAAGAUUACUAUGCAUUGUUGGUGAUCGUCUACAUUGCAGAGAUAGCAUCCCUGGUCUGCCUCAGCCUUGCCAUUGUUACAUUCCUAUUCUGCUGUUCGAUUCACAAUGUCAGCGCCACCCUUCAUCUGCACCUGAGUGUCUGUGUCUUCAUGGCUCACCUUCUAUUUCUAAUUGGAGUGUCCAAAACCAAUGAGGAGGUGCCAUGCGCAGUCAUAGCUGGGUUCCUGCACUACUUCUUCCUGUGCAGUUUCGUGUGGAUGUGCCUGGAAGUAGUGCAGCUCUACCUGCUGGUGAGAGACAUGAAGCAGAUGAGGCCGUGCAGCAUAGGGGGGCUGCUGGCUGGGUACGGCCUGCCUGCUGUCAUCGUGGCUGUGUCUGCUGGAGUGUUUCCAGAGGGGUACAGGAUUGACAUGUUAUGCUGGCUGAGCCAUCACAGAGGAUUUGCCUGGAGUUUUCUUGGUCCUGUUUGUGUCACAAUUGCUGUCAACACCAUCCUCUUCCCUGUAAUUCUCUGGACUAGGCUUGACCAGAAUGGUGACGAGUCAAAAGUCAAAGACACCAGACUGGGGAUUUUCAAAGCCAUUGUUCAUUGCCUCAUCAUGGGCUGCAGCUGGGUGCUUGCACUCUUUCCAGGAGUCACUUUCACACUGGUGUUUGUCAUUAUCAACGCCCUGCAGGGCCCCUAUAUUUUCCUGGUGCACUGUAUACUAAACCAGCAGGUGAGAGUGGAGUACAGGAGAUGGAUCAGCCUCCUCCACGGGCAGGCAGGCAGCUACAACGUCUCAUCUUCUACAGUUCCAAUGGAAUCUCUGAAGGAGGAAACCAAUGCAAAGUCUGUGCACUGAUGCAGCUCUGAGCUCUCAAGAAAGAAAACAGGACAGCAAAUGAAGAAAGAAGAUCUGCAUGCUUUCAAAUUUGCAAGCUUUGGGUUGAAGGAGGAUUUUCUUUAUUGAGUACUAAUAAUUCAUUUCUUUAUUUCUAUAAAAUAUUUCUGGAAUGUUAUUAUAGGUUUCAGUGAGCCACAUUGUGAGUCGUACUUUUGGCAGUGAUUUGGAACUUUAAACCAGAUUUUUUUUUUAUGUAAAAAUGUUAAACACUGAAAAUAAAAGGCUUUAC